AUGACUGCCCCAUUCCCUCAAGCCGCUUACAAAAUUACAACCCCACGGCUCAUCAUCCGCAGCGCCGUCGCGGACGAUGCAGAGGCUCUUUGCCGCCUCCUCUCGACGCCCGAGAACCACCCUUUUGGAGGUGCGCAGACGGACAUCUCUCCCGAGAUCAUACGCGGCCGCAUCGAGAGGUGGGGACCGGAUUACGCGUCUGGGAAGAAGGCUAUCUUGAUGAUUACGAUUCGGGAGACGGGCGAGUUGAUUGGGUGUGGCGGGUUCAACUGUUUUGAGACUGCAGAGGGGGAAACGUGUGAUGUUGCGCUGAGGAGGAAGCGGGAUGAAGAUGGGCAAGAAGGAGGUGAGGAUGCUGCGGAAGAUGGUGUUACUGGGGAGGCUCACCGCCUUAUCACGCCGUAUCUUACCGACUUUGGGGUGGUCCUCGAUCAGCGUUACUGGGGAAAGGGCUACGGCAGAGAGGUGUUGUGUGGCCAAGUUGAGUUUGCUGUCGAGGGGCUCGGCUGUAGUGUUGUACGCGUCGAGACUGAGCUUGAGAAUGAGCCCUGGAGAGCGGUCAUGAGAUCUAUGGGUUUGGGUGGGUUGGAGACGAAGGGUCCUGUCAGUUAUGGUGAGAAGAACAUCGGGUGGAUUUACAAGAUUGAUCCCUCGACGUGGAGCAAGUCGAGGGGGGAUUUGAGGAAGAGCGGAAAGUGGCCGUUGUAA